GGCAUCUUUAGUGUGGGCACCUGGCUGUGACAGCUUGCGGCUUCACACCUGGGUGCCCACUGUGCAUGCGCGAGAAGCACUGCACUUUGUGAAUGGCCCCUAGUCUUCUGGGACAUGUCACAUGUCCAAGAAGACUACCGGAUCAUUCACAAAGCGCAGCACAUGCGCAGUGGGCACCCGGCUGUCACAGAAGCCAGCGCGGGAAGACUGUGCAGCGCUGGAGCGAGGAACAGGUAAGGCCCUGCAGGAGACAACAGCUGAGCGGCCGG